UCUGACUAGACAGCUGCUUGUGUAAUUUCCUCUGUUGUGAGUCGCACGUUCACGGACCUGGAGCAGCUUCCUCUUCUUCUUAGUCGCCAAAGAGAGAUUUUAAAAUGUUGUCGUACGUCAUUGCCAAAAAACUGGUGGCAGGGAUGUGCCAAGCAGCAUUGAGGCCAGCAGUCACAGGGCUGAUAUCGUCUCGUGGUUACCGUGGCGACUCGCCAGAGGACACCAGGGGGGACCUGAUCGAGAUGCCUCUGCCGCCUUGGGAGGAGAACCCAAGCGAGACCGCUUACAUCAAGAAACGCAGACUUCUUUAUGAGAGUCGCAAGAGGGGCAUGUUGGAGAACUGCAUUCUGCUCAGCCUCUUUGCAAAGAAAUACCUGAACACGAUGAGUGACAACCAGCUGCGGCAGUACGACAGACUGAUCAAUGAACCGAGCAACGACUGGGACAUCUACUACUGGGCGACAGAAGCUCAGCCCACUCCUGAAGUUUACCAAGGAGAGAUCAUGGACAUGCUGAAGGAGUUCACAAAGAACCGCAACCAGGAGCAGAGGUUAGAUGCUCCCAGCUUGGAGUAUCUGGAGAAGGAAAGUCACUGAGCCACAUGGACCUCCUCAGAGACUGAUUAAAGGUGGAUCACUGAGUGGAUGUCAGUGUUGUUUCCAUCUAGAAAACACCUCAGGAAGUCGGGACAUGCAAAAUAUUCACACUUUACUGUCUUGUUUCUGUAAAAUAUUGCAGCCUUAUUUGCCUGUGAUUGUAACUGUAUGUUUAAAGACUGUAUAUUUAAAUUGCUCAAUGGGGAAGCCAGCUUUCAGUAAUGGACACACGCUGGACAAUGAUCUUACUAUUACACACAUUAUGGGUUGUUAAAUAAAUGUUGAUACUUGACUGUU